AUGUCAACAUUAGAACGUCCUCACAAAAAAGGUUCCAGGUUUUCAAACUUUCAGCUAACUUGUUCGCAAGAAGUUCAAAAUUGUUUGGGUUUGUGUCUUCUUGGUGGCUCAUUAAAAUUUUCCGUCGUAAGAGAUAUGUUUUCAGACAACCCGUUAUACUAUCAUCCAAUUGUGCGUCAUAUUAUGUCAGGAAGAAGGUUUGAACAAUUACUAAGAUUUUUUAGUGUUCAGUACGCAGUUGAUAAUCCAUUAGUUGGUCCUAUGAAGAAAAUUUAUCCCAUUUUUGAUAUGCUUAUACAAAAGUUCCAAAGCUUAUAUUUCCCUCAUGAAAAUUUAUCUCUUGAUGAAUCUUUUGUUGAAAGUGAAGCUUGA